AGGAAAUGAUGUGCCUGCUGCCCGGUUAAUUACAGCUCCAGACGCCCAUUGGCAGAGCAGGGAGCAGCCACUUCCUCCUCCUUCUCUCAUUGCCGCCGUAUCCCCGGCUGAGUAGCCCCGCCUCUCGGAGCCUGCCUUGCCUCGGCUCGCCUGGCUGCCUCUUUGGAACUUUGCGCUUGGCUCGUCUUGCUGCCAACUUUUCCCUGUCGCGCCUCGACGGGAAGUUCUUCUCUGGGCUCCCAAGGGCGCCGCUGCGGGUAGCUCAGACACCGCCGGAAGGGGGCCGGGCGCUGGGAAGAUGCGGCCGGGCGCAGCGCAGUGAUUAGAGCGCAGGACUCCGGGGACGGCUUCGUCUGCUGCUGCUGCCGCCGCUGCCACCAACACUGCUUCCAGCUACAGCCGGAGCAAUAGCGGCCGCUGCAGCAAACCCAUGGACGGGAAGUUCCUGCUCCUCCUCUUGUAGCUGCGUCUGGGGAUCCCGUACCGCCCCCCUCCUUUGCCUUUGUCUCCGUCUCCGGUGCUAUGAAGAGUUUUAGGAAGAUGCCCAGUCCCUGCUGAUGAGAAGCAUCCCCACAGCAUGAUGCUGCCACCACCAUACGUCACUGUAGGGAUGGUGUGUCAUGAUCCACAGCCUGAGCAAUAAUCCUCCAACAGUGGGGUUUUUAUCCUGAUGGAGACCAAUGGUCUAAGAUGAUAAAUGGACUUACGAUUAUUCCUGUACUAGUGAUGGUGUGUUUUCCUUCCCCCAGCAUUGAAGAUGAAGAGCAUAAACCUACUUUGAUAAACUAUGACUGUGUGUGUGAAGGGACGUCGUGUGUGAAUGGUGUCCGUUGCAGAGGCCACCAGUGCUUUGCCUCUUUGAGCAUCAAUAAUGGCGCUAAAGUGUAUCAGAAGGGUUGCUUCCAAGUCUACGAACAGGGGAAAAUGACUUGUAAAACGCCUCCAUCACCUGAUCAAGCGGUUGAAUGCUGUCAGGGAAACCUAUGUAACAUGAACAUCACAGCACAGCUGCCAACGAAAGGACACCCACUUCAAGGGGAAGCCAUGGGUUAUACCACGGAAACACUUAUCAUUUUUAUAGUAGCGCCAAUUAUGGUGCUGCUGAUAUUUUCUGCAGUAGCAGUGCUCAUCAUCCGAAAAGUGCAACAGUACCAUAUGGAAAGGCUCAAUUCAAGGGAUGCAGAAUACGGAACCAUUGAGGGGCUCAUAGCAUCAAAUGUUGGUGACAGCACCCUGGCAGAUUUGUUGGACCAUUCCUGUACAUCGGGGAGUGGCUCUGGUCUUCCUUUCCUGGUACAAAGAACAGUGGCUCGGCAGAUUACGCUGCUGGAAUGUGUAGGGAAAGGUCGAUACGGAGAGGUCUGGAGAGGACAGUGGCAAGGAGAAAAUGUUGCUGUAAAGAUAUUUUCUUCCAGAGAUGAAAAGUCCUGGUUCAGGGAAACAGAAUUAUACAAUACUGUGUUGCUGAGGCAUGAAAACAUUUUAGGCUUUAUUGCCUCAGACAUGACCUCUCGGAAUUCCAGCACUCAGUUGUGGCUAAUAACGCACUACCAUGAGAUGGGUUCUUUGUAUGAUUAUCUACAGCUUACUACACUGGACACAGUGAGCUGCCUACGGAUAGUCUUGUCUAUAGCUAGCGGCCUUGCACAUUUGCACAUAGAAAUAUUUGGUACCCAAGGAAAACCUGCCAUUGCUCACCGAGACUUGAAGAGUAAAAAUAUCCUGGUUAAGAAGAAUGGACAGUGUUGCAUAGCAGACCUAGGGCUCGCAGUCAUGCACUCCCAAAGCACCAAUCAGUUGGAUGUGGGGAACAACCCCCGUGUGGGUACCAAGCGCUACAUGGCCCCGGAAGUCUUAGAUGAAACCAUCCAAGUGGACUGUUUUGACUCUUACAAAAGGGUUGAUAUUUGGGCAUUUGGACUGGUCCUUUGGGAAGUAGCCAGGCGUAUGGUUAGCAACGGCAUUGUCGACGACUACAAACCUCCAUUUUAUGAUGUAGUGCCUAAUGACCCUAGUUUCGAAGACAUGAGAAAAGUAGUCUGUGUGGAUCAGCAAAGGCCAAACAUUCCCAACAGAUGGUUUUCAGAUCCUACGUUAACUUCACUUGCCAAGUUGAUGAAAGAAUGCUGGUAUCACAAUCCAUCAGCAAGAUUAACAGCUCUGCGUAUUAAAAAGACCUUGACCAAAAUUGAUAAUUCCUUAGAUAAACUCAAAGCUGACUGUUGAUAACAACACAAGAUGCUGACAGGACAUCACUGCUUGUGUCCAGCAUAAAUGUAUGGCUUGAUGAAUUCUAGGAUUCAGUCACAAGUGGCUUCAAACAUAGGCAAAGUUGUUUACCUAGCCAACUGUUGGAAAGGAAAUGGACCCAUAUGAGCCUUAAUUGAUGACUGUCCGUGGCAUUUUGCAAAUGGCCAAUCUAUAAAGACUUAAUGCUGAAUUUAUGGUGGCCUAUGGAAGGAAGACAGAGAAGUCCUAAGACAAAACUGGGGCAUUAAAACUAUGGCUUUUAAUGGCUUUCUUAUUUCAUAAAAAGAAACAAAAAGUAAAAUGUCUCCUUGUUGCUCCCAAGUCAAAACACAUGGAAGUGGUCAAUUCUAAUCAGCAAUAUUGCCUGCGCUUCUCUUCUUUAUUGCACUAGGGAUUCCUUGCAUUCCUUACUUGCACUGUUACUGUUUAAUUUUAAAGACAUGACUUGCCAAAAAUAUAAUUGGCUCUGUACUCAUUGAUAUGUGUUUUUUGAAUAAUAGGAAAUCCAAUUUGGGAAACUGAACCUGUAACUGACUGUCUUUUUUUUUAGCUGCCUUUUACAUAUGUGUACUGUUUACAAUAAUGCUGGACACUAGGAAUUAUUGUUUAUAAGGAAACUACAGAUUUUAUUUAUUACUAGUGCACUUAACAGUUUUAAAAUACUGAAGAAAGUGCGUAUAGUUAAAGCUUAUUUUUAUGUGGCUUCUAUCAUUUAUUUCUUACAGACUUUUUGUAACAUGGUAUAACCUGAAAUGGCCCUUCUCCCUCCCUCUGUAUUAUCAAUUAUACAUUUUAAUCACCUUUUUUAAGUGCUUCACAUUUUAUAUGCGUGUGGUCUGUAAUGUAUAUUUUUCAGUUCAAAAUAUGCAGAACGUUUAUAUAUAAAUAUAUAUUAUAUAUAUCUAAAUAUAAAGCCAUUAUCCAAAUGAUGCCACAUCUAGUACCUUAUUAAUUUAGAAAAGGGGAGCAACAGAGAAAAAUGGUAGAAUGGUUGAUCAUGAAUCUUAUUAUGAGAAAGUGCAUUUUUCUUCUUAUAUAUACGCAACAUGCAUUUAAACUCUACUGGGAGGGAAGCUAUUUUUUUAAUUUCCUUUUUGUAUUUAGCAGUUAUUUGUAUAAAUGAAAUAAGAAUAUUUUCAAGUCCAAUGGAAGAAAAUGUUCCCUAGUUCUGUUAGUGCCUCUUAUGGCUUAAGGUAAAUGCCGAACAAUCUGCAUCACCAGCAUAUAUCCACUUAUUAUCCCUGCCCCUUUGCUGUUUUUUGCAAGUCAUAUGUAAUGUCAACAGAGCAGAGGUGGUGGUGGAUAGAAUGCCAUUUAGGAACACCGGAGUGUGAUCCUUUGUACAGGUGAUGCUGACGUUGGGGAUUGGGGAGGGUCCAUGCUGGAGCUAUAACUUCACUAGGACAUGAAUUGUUGUGUGAUAAUGUAUGAACAAAUCAGAUCAUGCUGUUCUGACCUUUUUUAAAAAAAAUCUUGAAUUUCCUGAGUAAAGAGUUUUGAUCCCAGUGCUGUACAGCCUUGCCUUGCCUUAUACUAUAUAGUAGUUCUCCCCAUGGAACCCUCAUAGUAAAAGCUAAGGAUGCUGAAUGUAACUGUGGCUGCUGUGUAACCAUUAAAACCAGCACAAUGCUCCAAGCCUGUUAUGAAACAA